CGUCCGGCUCACACCUCCCUCGGCCGGGCUGCGCGCGGCGGAGCAGCGGUACCGCCAUGGAGGCCGCUCCCCGGUCCCGGCCUCGGCCCGGCGGGGCUGCCGCUUCUCCGCCGCCACCCCCACCGCCCCCGGAGCAGGAGCGGAAGCUGGAGCAAGAGAAGCUCUCGGGGGUGGUGAAGAGCGUCCACCGACGGCUGCGCAAGAAGUACCGCGAAGUGGGAGACUUUGAUAAAAUCUGGCGUGAACACUGUGAGGAUGAGGAAACUCUCUGUGAAUAUGCUGUGGCAAUGAAGAACCUUGCAGAUAAUCACUGGGCAAAAACUUGUGAAGGGGAAGGCCGAAUAGAAUGGUGUUGCAGUGUGUGUCGGGAAUAUUUUCAGAAUGGAGGGAAAAGAAAAGCACUUGAGAAAGAUGAGAAGAGAGCACUUCUUGCUUCUAAGACCACUCCAGCCUUAAAUGUUUCCCAGCCUCCCAAGAUUGAAGACCCCUUACCAAACUUUGGCUUGACAAAUCAUGAAGCUAUAACAGAAGAGUUGCUUCACUCCUUGGGAAAAAUCAGAUUGCUUGAUGUUGGUAGCUGCUUUAAUCCAUUUCUGAAGUUUGAAGAAUUUCUGACAGUUGGCAUAGAUAUUGUUCCAGCUGUUGAGAGCGUAUACAAAUGCGACUUCUUAAAUCUUCAAAUUCAGCAACCUCUUCAGCUGGCACAAGAUGCUAUAGAUGCCUUUCUUAAGCAACUGAAAAAUCCCAUUGAUUCUUUACCUGGAGAACUAUUCCACGUUGUUGUUUUUUCACUCCUCCUCUCUUAUUUUCCAUCACCCUAUCAGCGGUGGAUAUGCUGCAAGAAGGCACACGAACUUCUCGUAUUAAAUGGCUUAUUGCUUGUAAUAACUCCUGAUUCAUCUCAUCAGAAUCGUCGGGCUAUGAUGAUGAAAAGCUGGAGAAUUGCCAUAGAAUCCUUGGGUUUUAAACGCUUUAAGUAUUCCAAGUUUUCUCAUAUGCACCUGAUGGCUUUUAGGAAAACUUCCCUGCAAACAACAAGUGACUUAGUUAGCAGGAACUACCCUGGAAUGUUGUAUAUCCCACAGGAUUUCAACAGUAUAGAGGAUGAGGAGUAUUCCAACACUUCCUGCUACAUUCGAUCAGACAUGGAAGAUGAACAGCUAGCUUACGGUUUUAUGGAGCUACCUGAUGCUCCUUAUGACUCGGACUCUGGAGAAAGCCAGUCUAGUUCAAUUCCUUUUUAUGAGCUCGAAGAUCCCGUAUUGCUUCUAAGUUAAUGUAGCAGUUGACGUGCUAAGUCAGACCUCUUGCUUAACUAAUUUUGCUAUACUAACAUGGGCUCAACACACAACAGUGGUUUGCAUAAAGAAAAUGCAAAGGUUUACAGAGUUUGCUAUUUUUUUCUACUUUGGAAUUUUAAAAUAUAUUCUUGUAUAAGAGUGAAAAAAAGUUUUAUGCAAGUGACUCUUGUCAUAGCAUAAAUUGCUGUUACUUUCUUUAGAAUAUAUAUCACUAAUUUUCUGCCAGAAAGGUACCAUUCUUUUCUUUAGUGCUGUGAAGUGUGAAUUCUAUUUAAUUUGCUAAAUGUUGUUUCAAUAUUUUUAACUCUUAAUGUGAUUGAGCUUAAGGCACUGGAGUUGGUUGGCUUCUGAGAAGUAAAUGUAGGAAGAACUAAUUUGCACUUUAAUUAAAUGUGCAGAUGGGUUAAGACACUUGGUUACACAUGUCCCUACUUAAUUACAGAACAAAACUUAUUUCCAAAAUUUGUUUCACUCUGGUUAAGCCUGGGCUGGAGAAACUGUAAUGCACAUUUGAUUUUACUUUAAUUGCUGCCCUCUUGAGAUAACACCAAAACACUUGAAUAGGUUAAUCCAAAGUUACACACGCUGUGUAAUUUCGAUGUGUAAGUAGCAGGUAGACGUGAGAUUCCUAAAGAGAUUACCCUGCACAAACAGAGGAGUAUGGUACGUCUAGAUGAUUGUUUCACCUCAAAGCUGGAACAUGAGUUUGCAGUUAUAUAUGUGUACAAGCACUAACACAUAACAGUAUUUCCCUGAUAAUAGUGUUUUGUAUUCUUUUCAAACUGUUUUGGGGUUGUGUUCUUUGAUGUUGGGUUGUUGUUUUUGUGGGUUUUUUUGGUGGAUUUUUGGGGGGAUGGGGGAGGGGCAGGAUGGUUUUUUUUUUGUCAUGUUUUAAAGUAAAUUAUUUAUGUGUUUUAAAAACAACUUUAACUUGAGAAGCCUACAAUUAAGGACAAUUGUGGUAACUACAGACCAAUUUUUGUUAAAAGGAACAUAAUUACACAAGUUUUUCAAGGCAUACCUACAUUUGCACAGUCGUAUUCAGACCACAGAAGUGAAGUUAACAUACACUGUUCUGUUUGCUUAUUUGGACCUUAAUCUUCUGUUUAGUCAAAUAAAAACUCUGUAGCUAUCUGAAAACUGAUCUGCACUGUAAGAAGGUGGAACAAGCAUUUUAUGUUUAUGAAGUUUUUUAACUUGUAUAAUAAAUUUGUAAGUAUUUUGCAGUAAAAAAGAAAUUCUUUUCAGCAUUAAUAAUAGAGGAACCAGUAUUAGUUUAGCUUAGAUUGCCCUAAUGACCAGAAUUUAUGAAUUUCAAUGUCAGGCUUUUAAAUGGGUAUGUAAGUGCCUAUGACAAAUGAUUUGAAGUAGGUGCCGCAUCAUGGAUUUAAUACUGACUGCAGCAACGUGAUAGAAAAUACUAAUGUGGUUUCAUAGGUGACUGAGAUGAAAUACACCUUAGACCAUAUUAAUCUAUCGUGCUAUAAUCAUACAGCAGUUACCAGACAAACUGUGAUGUUACUGUGAAUUUCACAGUGGUUGCUGCAAAAAUGAAACUUCUCCUUUCUAUUGAAAUUUUGCACUUGAAGUGUCAGUUUGACCUGUUUGUUUUUUCCUCUACAGUUUCCUACAGAAAGUCAUACUGCACUGGUCCUACUUACACUCAGAUGUGAACUGGACUGCAAUACUUUAUUCUGUAACAUAAGCUUUCUCUGUCUUUUCAUAAAUGUCCCCUAAUAUUUGACUCAAAUUUGUUAAUCAGUCUGAUUGAUACGGCUAUAUACAAACCAAACAGCUAUACUGCUUGUGUAAUGUUUUAUGGGAAGUACUCAUCAAAAGAAAUACACAAUGAAUUCAAAAUCAGAUAUAACUUGGUGUUAUCAUCUAGUGCUUCACAACAUCACUUUAACUAAAAUAGUCCCCAAUAGUUAGUCAGAAUCUCUCUUUUUUCACUGACUCCAGUAAUAGUCAUGUUAAAGCUUAAAAUAUUGGUGCUCUAAAUUCAGCUGUUCUUGAGGGAGAAAAAAAAAACAA